AUGGAUUCGACGCUUCGCGCGGCGAGGGACGCGGUCAAUUCGGCCGAGUUCUCGGCCGCCAACUGCGAGCUGCUGAGGGCGCGGCUCGGGCUGAGCGAAGGCGAGCUCCGCAGAGUCGUGGUGGCGUAUCCGACAGUGCUCGGCUACAGCUACGAGGACAACCUUGCGCCCUCGCUCGCCGCGUUGCAGCAGCGCCUGAGCCUGAGCGAGUCGCAGCUGCGUCGCGUGGUCAUCGCCCAGCCGCAGGUGCUCGGCUACAGCUACGACGCCAACGUCGCUCCCUCCCUCUCCAAGCUGCAGCGCCGGUUGCAGCUCUGCGACGAGGAGCUCGCCCGGGUGGUGGUGGGGCAGCCGGCGGUCCUCUCCUACUCUUUCGAGGCAAAGAUCGAGCCUGCGCUCGCAAAGCUGCAGGCCGCCUCGCCGCCCGCCUCGCCAGCCGCGCCCGCGCGCCUCGAGCUGAGCGCCUCCUCGCUGCGGCGCCUCGUCCUCCUCUACCCUGCGGUGCUCGGUUACAGCUACGACGCAAACCUGGCGCCGAAGCUGCAGCAGUGGCGGAGCGAGGAGAGGGGAGGGCUAAACAACUUUGUGUGA